AGUAUUACAAUCCUGCUCCUCCUCCUGUAACCUGACGUUAGUUGUCAGCGCUGAAGCCUGUGCAAGAUGGCGAGCAGAGCAGUGUCCGCGGGAUUGAAUAGUGCUGCAAGGAUUCAGGCCUGCGGGCUGAGUCCUCUGAUAAUCAGGGGCCUUUCCUCUUCUAGUCAAAAAGCCAGAGAAGAUAGCUGGUUACGGUCACUGUUUGUGCGGAAAGUAGAUCCCAGGAAAGAUGCUCACUCAAAUCUGUUGUCCAAGAAGGAAAUCAGCAAUCUCUACAAAAUACAAUUUCACAAUGUAAAGCCAGAGUGCCUGGAAACCUACAACAAGUUGUGUGAAGAGAUAUUGCCAAAGAUUCAUGCAGAGGAAGACUAUCCAUGCACUCUUGUAGGCACUUGGAACACUUGGUACGGGGAACAAGAUCAGGCUGUUCACCUAUGGAAGUACGAAGGAGGAUACCCAGCUCUGACUGACGUCAUGAAUAAACUUAGAAAAAACAAGGAAUUCACAGAGUUCCGUAAAGAGCGGGGAAAUAUGUUACUGUCUCGCAAGAAUCAGCUUCUGCUUGAGUUUAGUUUUUGGAAUGAACCUGUCCCAAGGAAUGGGCCCAAUAUUUACGAGCUGAGAUCCUAUCAGCUGAGGCCUGGAACCAUGAUUGAAUGGGGAAACCACUGGGCUCGUGCCAUACGCUAUCGACAGGAUGGGGAUGAGGCAGUAGCCGGCUUCUUUUCCCAGAUUGGCCAGUUAUAUAUGGUUCAUCAUUUAUGGGCAUACAAAGACCUACAAACCAGAGACGAUAUCAGGAAUUCAGCUUGGCAAAAAGACGGCUGGGAUGAAUGUGUCUACUAUACUGUUCCCCUUAUUCAGGAGAUGGAAUCCAGAAUUAUGAUCCCCCUGAAAAGUUCGCCUCUUAAGUGAUACGCAGUAACCUCCUCGUGCCUAAAUGCAAAAUGGUGGCAAACCUUUCACCUGAGUACAUCAAAUGAAUUAACACAAGUUUCCAAAACAUUGGUUCUGUAAUUCUGUUCUGUUAUUACUAAGGGUAUGAAGAGUUACUCUACUUUCUACUAAUCAUUACAUGCGAUUUAGGAAUAACCACUUCUAUAAUAAAAAAUGUCUGACAUGAAGUGCAUUGCUUAGCAAUGGCCCUAAUCUCCUAUAACAUUGGCUCAGUUGUAUAGCUAUACAUAUUCUGUUCAACGUUUCCCUCUUAACGCACUUCUAGAAAUCUCUCUUCCGUCCUAAGACAUUUUAUGUAAUUUUUGUUCCCAGAUAACUAAGCCUUUUAGGUUCCAUCUAUUUAGAGGCACAGUGAAGUUACAUAUUUCAUCUUAUGCAGUUAAAAAAUCAUGCUAAAAUAUUACUGGAAAAAAACAACAAAAAGAAUUGAAUACAAUCUAGAACUCCUUAGCUCACUCUGCCUUAUUUUGAUUGUCAUUCAUCAGGACUACAAACUAAACUGAUUAUUUUGUAUUUUACACAGUAAUCUAAGAUAAAUAUAUUUUUGUAUAUUAUUUUUUCUAAAUUAAGAGAUAUUUAAAAAAAAAAAGUAAUGUGUAUAAAAUCAUUACUUAAACAUGUAGAAAAAAAGGUUGCGUUACUUCUAUUUAAAUUGAUACUAAAACUGGCGGUGUUUACAAAGUUGAUCAAGCAAUUUACCACUAUUAGUGAGUAUAGCUCAACAAUCCUAAAAUCAUGAACUAGUGUGUUUUUUUUUUUUUUUUUUAUUCUCUCUCUUUUUGUUUAAAAAACAAACAAACUGGGUCAUCCACUAAUAAUAAUGAUAAGAAAUUAUACUGUUUUAAAAUAUCAUCUUUGUAUGCAACAAAAAUAAAAAAUGAUCUUUAAAUUCCUUAAUGGAGAGAUAAUAUGGAACUUUACUGUGCCUGUAUAAGUCACUUAUGUCUAAUUUGCCAUAUCAUUUAUUUAUAUAAUUAUAAUCCUAUUCAUAUUUUUCUUUCAUGAUUCAGAGUAUACAAUUUUAAACAACUUUCUAAUUAUUUUUUAUCUAAUUUGCAAUGUUCUCUUAUUACUGUUGUUGCAGCAAUGCACUACUGGGAGCUAGCUGCUGAUUGGUGGAUGCAGAUAAAUACUUUUUGUCACUGGCUCACCGCGUGUUCAGCAAGCUCCCAGUAGUGCAUUGCUGCUACUUCAUCAAAGGAUAACAUGAAAAUGAAGCAAAUUUGAUAAAAGAUGUUCAUUUCAAAAUUGUAUGAUCUGAAUCAUUAAAUAAAAUGUUUUGCGUUUCCUUUCCCUUUUAAGAACAUUUCUAAUACCAGAUUCUCCCCCAAAAAAGAGCUGUAUUUUUAUUCACAUCAAUAUUCUCAGGUCAUCCAUUGAUAAAUAGGUAGAGUUUGAGACACAAACAGCAGUUUUUAGGUUUCUGCAACAUCUUUUAUAUGAGUCAGUCUUAUGAACUGCUAAUACAUUUUUCUUCACAUUUUAUUCAGGUAAAAUUCACGCAAGAAUACUUUGUAAUAUUCAUAUGGGGAUUAUAUACACAUUUUUUUUUUCCUUUUUAAAUGCUGCGCUUAAAGGGACACUGAUGAGAUGCAUUAACUUAUACAUAUUACUUAAAUUGCAAGGACAUAAUGCCAUAUUUUUCAGCAAUUUAAAACUGUGCUGUAUGGCCAACCAGAUCCUGUGUCAUCUGAGCAGGUCAUUCCUAUACCCAGCAAUCAAAUAAAGUGUUUAUAAUUUUAUUGUAUUCUAGACUACACCAUUAUAAAUUCCAUCAGAGUCUGCAGGUAAAGAGUGCUACACAGGUCUUAUUUUCUUUUGGCGUAUUUGCGGAAAUUGUUGUACAUCAGUAUACUGUAAAACCAAAACGUUUUGGCUUUGUAUAUUUGUUUAGCAAAAAUAUAACAUUCAAAAUGGUUUCUUUUUUGCUAAAGUGGUAAUUGCUUUUUUGCAACAAAAGUGAAGAUAGCUCUUCCAUGUUCCUUUAAGAGAUGCAAUAUAUUUUUUAUAUUUUCAAAACACCUAAUUUACUGGAUAAGGGGUAGCAAAUUGUGUUUCCUUAAUAUAAUGAAUGUCGGUGCAAUUGGUUAUCACAGUAGCAAGUUUGUGAAUUUCAUCUUUUUGUUUUGUUUCAGACAUAUGAUAUCAUUAAAGCUGUUUAUAUAUCUAAUAGGAAUCAGCUGCAGGUCUCUUUUUAGACUGAUGCGAAUCAGCUGUGUAGUUUUAUCUUUACUACUGUAUCUAUUAUUUGUGACUGAAAUACUGAAAAUAUUGUAUUUUUUUGCUUCUGAAAUUAUUUAAAGGUAAAAUCUUAGCACAAUGCUUAUCUAAAUCUAAUUUGAGUAUCAUGCUACACAUAGAUGUGAUGACAAUGCUUCUUUUUUACUGUAUUAAACUGGGUAAAGGAUCUUAAACUCAUUUAUAUUAAAGGAACAGUCUACUUGAAAAUGUUUGUUUAAAAAGAUAGAUAACGCCUUUAAAACCCUUUCUCCAGCUUUGUACAACAUUGUUAUAUUAAUAUACAUUGUAACCUCUACAUUUCAGCCUGUUUCUAAGCCCCAGCAGCUUGCCUCUUAUCUGCAUUAAGUGCAUUUUAUUAGCUUUUCACAGCCAGACAAUGCUAGCUUAUGUUUGCCAUAUAAAUAACAUUGUGCUCACUCCUGUAGUUAUGCAUGAGACAGCACUAAUUGGCUAAAAUGCAAGCUUGUAAAAAAUCACUGAAAUAAGAGAGCAGUCUGCAGAAGUUUAGACACAGAGGUAAAAAGUAUAUUAAUAUAACAGUGUUGGUUAUGCUAAACUGGGGAUUGGGUAAUAAAGGUAUUGGCUAUAUUUUUAAAGACUAGUAGACUGUUCCUUUUUAAGACUUCUUUUUACAGCUUGUUCUUAGAAACAUAAAUGUUUUUGAAUUCUUUGCAUUGAUAUUUACUAAAACAAUCAAAAGUUCAUAAGGUUUCUCUUUUAAAACCGUCGUAAUUCUAGUAUUGUUUUUUUCUUUAAAUGUCCAUUUUUUUUAACUGAACUCUGUUUUUCUGUUCAUUGUCUAACUUUUGAGUUUACAGUAUUUCAGAACACAUUAACCUUAAAGGGACAGCAGUUGCAAGUCUUGCAUAGCUUUUAUCCUAUAGCACUAAUCACAGUGGUCUUGCAAGAGAAGUGUACGCCAAGUUCAGACUAUCACAAAGCUAAUAUAAUAGAGUAUCCAUAAGAUGCAUUUACAGAGUUUUUUUCCUUUUUUUUAUUUAGUAAAAAUGUCCUAUAGAAAAUAAAAAAUAGCAAUAUUUACUCAUAAUAUCAUACUUCCAAAAGAAAAGCUGCUUUUACGGUUAGCCAAUUGUAUCAGUGAGGAGGAUCUCCUCUCCCCCUAAAACCCCCAACAGGAUAAGUUUGUUACAAUGUGGAAAUAUUGUUUAAAGUAUAUGAAUGUAUUUUGUUUUUCCAAUAACGAAGAUAAAAGGUCUUAAGGUGAUAAACUGUUACAUUAUCAUAGGUCAUCAUGUGAAUAAGAAUAUAUAAAGUACAUUGGGUUUCUGCUACAAAAUAUUAAUAAAAUAAUUUUAUUUGG